GAAGGCGAGAGAGAGAGAGAGAGAGAGAGAGACCGAGAACGAGAGGGAUAGAGAGAGAGCGCGAGACAGCUCGAGGCGCGAGCACGCUCGAGGCGAGGCGCUCUCUUAUUCAUGUUGUUUGUGCACGCAGCACAGGGCGGGCGUGCGGUGUACUUGUGUGUUGCAUAUGAGCAUUUGACCGGCAUUUACAGACGUUCCAAGUGCCUGUGCAUCCGAGCGUCUGCGUUUUCGCCAUGGUCGAACCGACUCGGGGAAUACUACGUCGCUAUCUGCUGGCGACAGCAGCGGGCGGACUCUUCCUGUUCGUCUGCAUGGCGACGGUGCUGCCAGCUAGGAGGACUAACAGCCGACAAGCCCGUGGCGACAAACCACUGAUAUAUACCGCCGACGACCGACCGUCCGCUGCCGACGACCAACCAUCUGCCGUUGCCGACCGACCGCCUGUCGCCGACCGACCGUUUGUCGCCGCCGACUGGGCCGACGUCGUUGCCGACGGGAUCUUGAUCAAUUUUACUCGUGCGCGUGACGGCAAUGGUUCGUUUCCGGUCGCCGUGCAGCGACGUAACGACGACGACCGCCGCUCGAGCAUCGAAUCGAAGCUACACGGGGACCCGGGUUCGAAUCCCGCCUCGGAGAAAUCGUCGGAGGUCAAGCGACGACGCGUGACGAAGCUGCGCGACACGUACUACGUGAAUGAGGCCACCAGGGAGUACGACUGCGCCGCCGACACGCGCCGACGUCUUCCGGACUGCGUCAUCAUCGGCUUCCGGAAGUGCGGCACGAUGGCGCUGCUGCGCAUGCUCGGCCAACAUCCGGGCAUCGCCGUGCGCGACUGGAGUCCCGUCGAGGUGAAUUUCUUCAACCGACAUUACGACCGCGGCGUCGGCUGGUAUCGCGAGUCGAUGCCCUGCUCGUCGUCAGAUCAAAUCACGAUCGAGAAAAGCCCCCGAUACGUCAUCGACGUCGCGACGCCCGAGCGCAUGUCGGCCGUCAACCGACGCAUGAAGCUGAUCGUCGUACUGCGGGAGCCCGUCGCCAGAACAGUCUCCGACUAUCUGGAACACAACGACCGCUCGGUGGCGUUCGAGUCGCUGACGUACGACGCCGACGUCGGUCGCGUGAGACUGACGGCGGGCGUGAACGAGAGCGUGUAUCACGCGCACGUCGCCAGGUGGCUGCGACAUUUCCCGCGCCGACAGUUUCUAUUCGUCGACGGCGACGCGCUCGUGCGUCAGCCGGCGACGCAGUUGCGUCGCGUCGAGGAGUUUCUCGGCGUGACGCAAGGAGAGGCCCAGCGUAGGCUCGUGUACAACAAGGAAAAGGGCUUCUUCUGUUUCAAGGUCAACGAAGCAGUGAAGGUCAAGGUCAAGGAUGGGGAUAGGAGCAUCGAUCAAGAGUGUCUGGGCGGGAAGAAGGGCCGGAAGCACCCCGACGUGGCGCCGGAAGUGACGCACAGCCUGCGUCGGAUGUUCGCUCCGCAUAACGAGAUCAUGUUCGAAAUGAUCGGUCGUCGCUUCGACUGGAACCGAUGAGCGCGCCAUCUAGCGUGGGUCGCGCCGGCGGAAUGUGCAGCGGUCGCUGGAUUUUUUUUUUGGGGGGGGGGCUAUUCUUCAUGGUUCCCACGUGAAUGUGAAACGAGGAAUUGUUACUAAUAAUAGGCGAAAGAGACGAUAGGAGAAUACGUUCAUCAAAGCUCACAUCAACAUUAAAUACUCUGCAUCAUGGUAGUUUGCUAUGCGCGAAUGUUAUACGAUGUUAUACGAUGUUAUACAAUGUUAUACGAUGUUACAUGAUGUUAUACGAUGUUACGGUGUUAUGAUAUGGUGAUAUUAUGAUGUUAUACGAUGUUACGAUGUUAUGAGUUAUGAUAUGUUAUAAUGUUACGAUGUUAUGAUAUGGUGAUAUCAUGAUGUUAUACGAUAUUAUACGAUGUUAUGAUAUGU